AUGAUUGACCCCUCCAUUUUCCAAAGCCUACAAGCCAAGAUAGACGAGGAGAGCCAGAUUCGCGAUGAACUCCAAGACAUCGUUCAGACACUGUCUAAACGCGUAACCCCCGUCCUCGACGAAGCAGCCACGGAAAUCCGUGCUCAGAAGGAGGAUGUCGCCCGUCUCGUCUCCGUCGCCGCCCAGCACCCUUUCUACAAAUACAACCACAUCUGGAGCCGGGAGCUGCAGAAUCUGGUCUUCACGAUCCAGUUCUGCGCAUGGCUAGGCGGCCUGCGAGACGCGCGGGCCGAGAAAGCGAAGGGCUUCAUGACCAUUGAGGAGGUUGGGGAGUUUCUGGGUGUCCCCGUCAACCUCAAGGACCAGGAUUCCUUCCACCUAUCCAUCGAAGAGUACCUGCAAGCCUUGAUAUCGCUGGUGGAGGAGCUGAGCCGGCUAGCCGUCAACUCCGUGACGCUCGGCGACUACGCGCGCCCGCUCCAGAUCAGCAAGUUCGUCUCCGACCUGCAGGCCGGCUUCCAGCUCCUGAACCUGAAAAACGACAGCCUGCGCAAGCGGAGCGAUGGGAUUAAAUACAGCGUCAAGAAAGUCGAGGACGUCGUGUACGACCUGUCCCUGCGAAACUUGAUUCCGAGAAACCCGCCCGCCGGCAGCGGCGGCGGCGGCGGCGAUAUGGAAGAAUGA